GUUUCUUGGAGGAUCAUGCGCUUAUUCCUAGUCGCGGUUUUGGCCGCUUAUUUGGCCUACGUAGCAGCCCAAUCGCAAUCUGAUACGGUAACAGCAGUGGCCACCCCAGUUAUUAAGCCACAGCCAUGUUGUGAAAGUGUUCGGCAAACUCUAAUUGAAAUACGAAAAGAUAUACGCUUGUGGCUGCUGGACAGGCUUUUCGGAAAACUACUUCUUUUGCACGACGGAGAACUUCUCGGCAAUACAAAUUAUGUGAAUUGUGUCAAUGGAAAAAAGCAGCUACCACUCUUAGAUGGAAGCUCUAAUACAGAUCAGUCUGCAUCUACUAACACUAUAACCAAAAUCAUCGAUGAUGGACUUUCAAGCCAGACUACCUCCUCUUCGGCUCCUGUCGUAGAAGUAACUCAGGAAUCCUCUUCGAAUGGUGAUGGAAACUCUACCCAGUCCUCGACAACGACGACAACUACAACGACGACAUCUUCCGAUGCUGGCCAAUCUACCACCUCAUCUGACCCGGUUGUGGAAGUCAGUCAAGGAACAAACGGCGUGAACAGCUCCACUCAGUCAUCCACCACAACAAAGACAUCUUCAGAUGAGGGAAAAACUACCACCUCUUCGUCUCCUGUCGUAGAAGUAACUCAGGGAUCCUCUUCGAAUGGUGAUGGGAACUCUACCCAGUCCUCGACAACGACGACAACUACAACGACGACAUCUUCCGAUGCUGGCCAAUCCACCACCUCAUCUGACCCCGUUGUGGAAGUCAGUCAAGGAACUAACGGCGAUAACAGCUCCACUCAGUCUUCGUCAUCCACCACAACAACGACAUCUUCAGAUAAGGGCCAAACUACCACCUUUUCGUCUCCUGUCGUAGAAGUAACUCAGGGAUCCUCUUCGAAUGGUGAUGGGAACUCUACCCAGUCCUCGACAACGACGACAACUACAACGACGACAUCUUCCGAUGCUGGCCAAUCCACCACCUCAUCUGACCCCGUUGUGGAAGUCAGUCAAGGAACUAACGGCGAUAACAGCUCCACUCAGUCUUCGUCAUCCACCACAACAACGACAUCUUCAGAUAAGGGCCAAACUACCACCUCUUCGUCUCCUGUCGUAGAAGUAACUCAGGGAUCCUCUUCGAAUGGUGAUGGGAACUCUACCCAGUCCUCGACAACGACGACAACUACAACGACGACAUCUUCCGAUGCUGGCCAAUCCACCACCUCAUCUGACCCCGUUGUGGAAGUCAGUCAAGGAACUAACGGCGAUAACAGCUCCACUCAGUCUUCGUCAUCCACCACAACAACGACAUCUUCAGAUAAGGGCCAAACUACCACCUCUUCGUCUCCUGUCGUAGAAGUAACUCAGGGAUCCUCUUCGAAUGGUGAUGGGAACUCUACCCAGUCCUCGACAACGACGACAACUACAACGACGACAUCUUCCGAUGCUGGCCAAUCCACCACCUCAUCUGACCCGGUUGUGGAAGUCAGUCAAGGAACAAACGGCGUGAACAGCUCCACUCAGUCAUCCACCACAACAACGACAUCUUCAGAUAAGGGCCAAACUACCACCUCUUCGUCUCCUGUCGUAGAAGUAACUAAGGGAUCCUCUUCGAAUGGUGAUGGAAACUCUACCCAGUCCUCGACAACAACUACCACUACAACGACGACAUCUUCCGAUGCUGGCCAAUCUACCACCUCAUCUGACCCCGUUGUGGAAGUCAGUCAAGGAACUAACGGCGAUAACAGCUCCACUCAGUCUUCGUCAUCCACCACAACAACGACAUCUUCAGAUAAGGGCCAAACUACCACCUCUUCGUCUCCUGUCGUAGAAGUAACUCAGGGAUCCUCUUCGAAUGGUGAUGGAAACUCUACCCAGUCCUCGACAACGACGACAACUACAACGACGAAAUCUUCCGAUGCUGGCCAAUCCACCACCUCAUCUGACCCGGUUGUGGAAGUCAGUCAAGGAACAAACGGCGUGAACAGCCCCACUCAGUCUUCGUCAUCCACCACAACAACGACAUCUUCAGAUAAGGGCCAAACUACCACCUCUUCGUCUCCUGUCGUAGAAGUAACUCAGGGAUCCUCUUCGAAUGGUGAUGGAAACUCUACCCAGUCCUCGACAACGACGACAACUACAACGACGACAUCUUCCGAUGCUGGCCAAUCCACCACCUCAUCUGACCCCGUUGUGGAAGUCAGUCAAGGAACAAACGGCGAUAACAGCUCCACUCAGUCAUCCACCACAACAACGACAUCUUCAGAUGAGGGCCAAACUACCACCUCUUCGUCUCCUGUCGUAGAAGUAACUCAGGGAUCCUCUUCGAAUGGUGAUGGAAACUCUACCCAGUCCUCGACAACAACUACCACUACAACGACGACAUCUUCCGAUGCUGGCCAAUCCACCACCUCAUCUGACCCCGUUGUGGAAGUCAGUCAAGGAACAAACGGCGAUAACAGCUCCACUCAGUCAUCCACCACAACAACGACAUCUUCAGAUGAGGGCCAAACUACCACCUCUUCGUCUCCUGUCGUAGAAGUAACUCAGGGAUCCUCUUCGAAUGGUGAUGGAAACUCUACCCAGUCCUGGACAACGACGACAACUACAACGACGACAUCUUCCGAUGCUGGCCAAUCCACCACCUCAUCUGACCCCGUUGUGGAAGUCAGUCAAGAAACAAACGGCGAUAACAGCUCCACUCAGUCAUCCACCACAACAACGACAUCUUCAGAUGAGGGCCAAACUACCACCUCUUCGUCUCCUGUCGUAGAAGUAACUAAGGGAUCCUCUUCGAAUGGUGAUGGAAACUCUACCCAGUCCUCGACAACAACUACCACUACAACGACGACAUCUUCCGAUGCUGGCCAAUCUACCACCUCAUCUGACCCCGUUGUGGAAGUCAGUCAAGGAACAAACGGCGAUAACAGCUCCACUCAGUCAUCCACCACAACAACGACAUCUUCAGAUGAGGGCCAAACGACCUCCUCUUCGGCUCCUGUCGUAGAAGUAACUCAGGGAUCCUCUUCGAAUGGUGAUGGAAACUCUACCCAGUCCUCGACAACAACUACCACUACAACGACGACAUCUUCCGAUGCUGGCCAAUCCACCACCUCAUCUGACCCCGUUGUGGAAGUCAGUCAAGAAACAAACGGCGAUAACAGCUCCACUCAGUCAUCCACCACAACAACGACAUCUUCAGAUGAGGGCCAAACUACCACCUCUUCGUCUCCUGUCGUAGAAGUAACUAAGGGAUCCUCUUCGAAUGGUGAUGGAAACUCUACCCAGUCCUCGACAACAACUACCACUACAACGACGACAUCUUCCGAUGCUGGCCAAUCCACCACCUCAUCUGACCCCGUUGUGGAAGUCAGUCAAGAAACAAACGGCGAUAACAGCUCCACUCAGUCAUCCACCACAACAACGACAUCUUCAGAUGAGGGCCAAACUACCACCUCUUCGUCUCCUGUCGUAGAAGUAACUAAGGGAUCCUCUUCGAAUGGUGAUGGAAACUCUACCCAGUCCUCGACAACAACUACCACUACAACGACGACAUCUUCCGAUGCUGGCCAAUCUACCACCUCAUCUGACCCCGUUGUGGAAGUCAGUCAAGGAACUAACGGCGAUAACAGCUCCACUCAGUCUUCGUCAUCCACCACAACAACGACAUCUUCAGAUAAGGGCCAAACUACCACCUCUUCGUCUCCUGUCGUAGAAGUAACUCAGGGAUCCUCUUCGAAUGGUGAUGGAAACUCUACCCAGUCCUCGACAACGACGACAACUACAACGACGACAUCUUCCGAUGCUGGCCAAUCCACCACCUCAUCUGACCCGGUUGUGGAAGUCAGUCAAGGAACAAACGGCGUGAACAGCUCCACUCAGUCAUCCUCCACAACAACGACAUCUUCAGAUGAGGGCCAAACUACCACCUCUUCGUCUCCUGUCGUAGAAGUAACUAAGGGAUCCUCUUCGAAUGGUGAUGGAAACUCUACCCAGUCCUCGACAACAACUACCACUACAACGACGACAUCUUCCGAUGCUGGCCAAUCUACCACCUCAUCUGACCCCGUUGUGGAAGUCAGUCAAGGAACUAACGGCGAUAACAGCUCCACUCAGUCAUCCACCACAACAACGACAUCUUCAGAUGAGGGCCAAACGACCUCCUCUUCGGCUCCUGUCGUAGAAGUAACUCAGGGAUCCUCUUCGAAUGGUGAUGGAAACUCUACCCAGUCCUCGACAACAACUACCACUACAACGACGACAUCUUCCGAUGCUGGCCAAUCCACCACCUCAUCUGACCCCGUUGUGGAAGUCAGUCAAGGAACAAACGGCGAUAACAGCUUCAAUCAGUCUUCAUCAUCCACUACAACAACGAAGGAAAUAUCUUUAAAGGAUAAUGGAAGCCCUAAGUGGAAUAAAACGACAAAAACGUACUCUUCAAAAACUAUCAGAAUUCCGAAGUCGGGAAGAAAGUUAAAUUCUAGUUCUAGCGAAACUUCAACAACCGUAACGUCAAGUUCUUCCUCAAAGCCACAGACCAAAUAUUCGUGGUCAAGCUCUUCAAGGAAAUCGUAUAAUGGUGGCAAGUCUAAGAAAUAUUGGACCAAGCGGUGGACUAAAAAAUCACGCAAAAUUAACAAUGGAAGCUUCACUAUUGUUGCAGAGGAAUCAUCUGACUCACUUACAGAUGAUGGAGUUGCUGUCACUCAAGGAAAUGAUUUAAGGAAUGAGGGAAAUUCGGGUCAGUCUACAGUUAUCUCAUCUCUGCCUGUUGUAGAUACUAGUGCAGAUAAUCAGAACAGCGAAUCAAGCUUAACAUCAAGUGAAAAUACAACAAAAUAUUCGUCAAAAUCCUCCAAGGUUCCCAAGUCUAAUGGUGGUCAGUCGAGUAUAAGCACUAGCAAAACUACAAAAACCGUAACGACAAGCACUUCCUCAACACCCAAGGUUAGGAGCUCAUCAAAGAAAACUUCCAAUAGUGGAAAAUCGGUCAAGACUUCUUCGACUACUAUGACAACAACAUCUUCAGAUCAGGGCCAAUCCAGCUCAGGAUUAUCCCCUGUUGUAAAGAUCACACAGGGAAUCCCACAAAACGAUAUUGAAAGCUUAAAUCAGGUCACCACAACGACAACAUCAUCUGAGAACCAAGUCGGCGUACCUUCUUCCCCUGUUCUUAAAGUAACGAAGAAAACCUAUGUAAGCAAAGAUGGAAAGACCACCCGGUCAUCAACCACCACAACAACAACUACCACGACCAAAGGAAGUAAUCAGUCAGGUACCUUAACUCUUCCGGCGGUCGAUGCCAUCAUAGUGGCUAAGGGGCUAAAAUCGUCAACAAAAACUACAACAACAUCCACCAAAGGAACUAAGUUGUCGGAUAUCUUGACUCUGCCAGAAGUUGAUGCCAGCAUAGCCAUUAACGGCGAUGAGUCCCGCUCAACAUCUAUUAAAGAUACAAACAUCUUGUCAAAGAUAGACUUGAGUCUGCCUAAACUGGAUGCCAGCCUAAAUGUUGGUGGUGGAAAGUCAAGCUCUACAUCGACAACGACAACUACGACAACAUCCACAAAGGGAAGUAAAUCAUCCUUGUCUCUCCCGGAAGUUGAUGCCAGCAUAAGCGUUAACGGCGAUGAGUCCCGCUCAGCAUCUAUUAAAGAUACAAACAUCUUGUCAAAGAUAGACUUGAGUCUGCCUAAACUGGAUGCCAGCCUAAAUGUUGGUGGUGGAAAGUCAAGCUCUACAUCGACAACGACAACUACGACAACAUCCACAAAGGGAAGUAAAUCAUCCUUGUCUCUCCCGGAAGUUGAUGCCAGCAUAAGCGUUAACGGCGAUGAGUCCCGCUCAGCAUCUAUUAAAGAUACAAACAUCUUGUCAAAGAUAGACUUGAGUCUGCCUAAACUGGAUGCCAGCCUAAAUGUUGGUGGUGGAAAGUCAAGCUCUACAUCGACAACGACAACAUCCACAAAGGGAAGUAAAUCAUCCUUGUCUCUCCCGGAAGUUGAUGCCAGCAUAAGCGUUAACGGCGAUGAGUCCCGCUCAGCAUCUAUUAAAGAUACAAACAUCUUGUCAAAGAUAGACUUGAGUCUGCCUAAACUGGAUGCCAGCCUAAAUGUUGGUGGUGGAAAGUCAAAGUCAACAUCGACAACGACAACUACGACAACAUCCACAAAGGGAAGUAAAUCAUCCUUGUCUCUCCCGGAAGUUGAUGCCAGCAUAAGCGUUAACGGCGAUGAGUCCCGCUCAGCAUCUAUUAAAGAUACAAACAUCUUGUCAAAGAUAGACUUGAGUCUGCCUAAACUGGAUGCCAGCCUAAAUGUUGGUGGUGGAAAGUCAAAGUCAACAUCGACAACGACAACUACGACAACAUCCACAAAGGGAAGUAAAUCAUCCUUGUCUCUCCCGGAAGUUGAUGCCAGCAUAAGCGUUAACGGCGAUGAGUCCCGCUCAGCAUCUAUUAAAGAUACAAACAUCUUGUCAAAGAUAGGCUUGAGUCUGCCUAAACUGGAUGCCAGCCUAAAUGUUGGUGGUGGAAAGUCAAGCUCUACAUCGACAACGACAACUACGACAACAUCCACAAAGGGAAGUAAAUCAUCCUUGUCUCUUCCGGAAGUUGAUGCCAGCAUAGCCAUUAACGGCGAUGAGUCCCGCUCAGCAUCUAUUAAAAAUACAAACAUUUUGUCAAAGAUAGACUUGAGUCUGCCUAAACUGGAUGCCAGCCUAAAUGUUGGUGGUGGAAAGUCAAGCUCUACAUCGACAACGACAACUACGACAACAUCCAGAAAGGGAAGUAAAUCAUCCUUGUCUCUCCCGGAAGUUGAUGCCAGCAUAAGCGUUAACGGCGAUGAGUCCCGCUCAGCAUCUAUUAAAGGUACAAACAUCUUGUCAAAGAUAGACUUGAGUCUGCCUAAACUGGAUGCCAGCCUAAAUGUUGGUGGUGGAAAGUCAAGCUCUACAUCGACAACGACAACUACGACAACAUCCACAAAGGGAAGUAAAUCAUCCUUGUCUCUCCCGGAAGUUGAUGCCAGCAUAAGCGUUAACGGCGAUGAGUCCCGCUCAGCAUCUAUUAAAGAUACAAACAUCUUGUCAAAGAUAGACUUGAGUCUGCCUAAGCUGGAUGCCAGCCUAAAUGUUGGUGGUGGAAAGUCAAGCUCAACAUUGACAACGACAACUACGACAACAUCCACAAAGGGAAGUAAAUCAUCCUUGUCUCUCCCGGAAGUUGAUAACAGCAUAAGCGUUAACGGCGAUGAGUCCCGCUCAGCAUCUAUUAAAGAUACAAACAUCUUGUCAAAGAUAGACUUGAGUCUGCCUAAACUGGAUGCCAGCCUAAAUGUUGGUGGUGGAAAGUCAAGCUCAACAUUGACAACGACAACUACGACAACAUCCACAAAGGGAAGUAAAUCAUCCUUGUUUCUCCCGGAAGUUGAUAACAGCAUAAGCGUUAACGGCGAUGAGUCCCGCUCAGCAUCUAUUAAAGAUACAAACAUCUUGUCAAAGAUAGACUUGAGUCUGCCUAAACUGGAUGCCAGCUUAAAUGUUGGUGGUGGAAAGUCAAGCUCUACAUCGACAACGACAACUACGACAACAUCCACAAAGGGAAGUAAAUCAUCCUUGUCUCUCCCGGAAGUUGAUGCCAGCAUAAGCGUUAACGGCGAUGAGUCCCGCUCAGCAUCUAUUAAAGAUACAAACAUCUUGUCAAAGAUAGACUUGAGUCUGCCUAAACUGGAUGCCAGCCUAAAUGUUGGUGGUGGAAAGUCAAAGUCAACAUCGACAACGACAACUACGACAACAUCCACAAAGGGAAGUAAAUCAUCCUUGUCUCUUCCGGAAGUUGAUGCCAGCAUUAGCGUUAACGGCGAUGAGUCCCGCUCAGCAUCUAUUAAAGAUACAAACAUCUUGUCAAAGAUAGACUUGAGUCUGCCUAAACUGGAUGCCAGCCUAAAUGUUGGUGGUGGAAAGUCAAGCUCAACAUUGACAAUCCCAAAAACAGAGUCCAAAUUCUCCUGGUCUAGUUCGUCGAAGAAAAUAUCCAAUCCCAUUCGCUUAACCCUACCUACCAUUAACGCAGGUAUUUCUGUUGGCGGAGGAGAUUCGUCGGGUUCCUGGUCCAAGCUAAUCAAGAGGAGCACCAACAGCACCGAGUCGAAUGCCAGCGAUGGUCCAUCUCUUUCCGGUUCUAUUGUAGGUGCAGGUGGAUCUCAAUCUGCUGAAUCCUGGUCUCAACGUUCAGGAUUUUCGGGUGACAGUUCCAGUGUCCAGGGAUCUCCGGACAUUCGUAUUCGAUUGGCCAGAGGACAGACAGAAAACGAUGCUCAGUCCCAAAACUCAAAUUCUUGGACCCGAAGCGCUACACAAGACAGCGAAAGCUUGGCUAAUGGAGCAAUAUCCGCCAAUGGUCUCAAUUUGGAGGGUUCAGAGAGUUCCGGCGGUGUGGCAACUACGAUCCCAGGUGGCUCUGUCGGUGUAACCGGACAAUAUCCAUACUGGUGGGGCAACGGCCGUUGGGUGGGUGUUGGAGCCAGGCCCAGUUGGCGAUAUGGAUGGCGUCCUUAUGGAAGCGGUUGGGGCGGAUGGGACAAUCAAUAUUAGAGUUGGUUCUUGUGAAUGGAUAGGGCCCAGAUUAAACGGCUCAUGACUUUAAUAAACACGAUUGUAAAAUAUAUGCAUACGAAUAUUAUAAAA